UACACAGUGAUACCUCUUUUAUUCUCCCCUCUCUUUGAAUGAAAACGUAAUUUUAAUGUGCGUGCUCUGACGUGACACAAUGGAACGUACCAGUAAAAAAGCUCGAGGCUGUACGCACGAGCGAACACUCGGUUUCGGUAGAACAGAGGGAGACCGUCCGUCACCUGUGCUCGGGGACAGCAGGCUUCUCACCGCAGGCUGUUUUUCUGAGGUUAUGGACAGGACGUCGCUGUGAGCUAGCGUCGAGCAGGCUGCCGUAUCGUUUCUCCGCGCGGAAAUAAUGAUGAAGAAGGAUAUUAACUUGACCCUGGCGGACGACGCGGAGCUCAAACCGCACCUCCGCGACGCCGAGAGCAUCCUCAACUCCCCGGACUUGGGGCUUCUCAAACUGGCCUCUCCGGAGCUGGAGAGGCUAAUCAUCCAGUCCAAUGGGAUGGUCACCACUACACCGACCAGCUCCCAGUUCCUCUACCCGAAGACGGUGACGGAUGAGCAGGAAUUCGCCGAGGGCUUCGUCAAGGCGUUGGAGGACCUGCACAAGCAGAACCAGCUGAACGGGACCGGCCAGACCAGCAGCAGRCUGGACCUGGGCGCCAACGUCGCUCCGGUCGCCGUACAGCCGGACUUGCCGGUCUACACAAACCUGAACAGUUACGGCAGUGGCCCGCUGGUGACCACGGUCAACUACUCCACGGACACGGUUCCUUUCCCGCCUCCUCCGUCACACCACCUGGGGGCAGCCCCGCUGCAGCAGCCGGAGCCGCUAAAGGAGGAGCCUCAGACCGUCCCCGACGUGCAGAGUUUCGGGGAAAGCCCGCCGCUUUCACCCGUCGACAUGGACACGCAGGAGCGCAUCAAAGCCGAGAGGAAGAGGCUGAGGAACCGGAUCGCAGCCUCCAAGUGUCGGAGGCGCAAACUGGAGCGGAUCUCCAGGCUGGAGGACAAGGUCAAAACGCUGAAGAGCCAGAACACCGACCUGGCGUCGACGGCCAGCCUGCUGAGGGAGCAAGUGGCCCAGCUGAAGCAGAAAGUCCUCACCCAUGUCAACAGCGGCUGCCAGCUGCUGCCACACGAGGUCCAAGUGCACUAGACCUCCAGCCGGGCUACAGACCAGCAUAUAAGCUCCACAGACUGUCUCCAUGUUGGUUUAUCUAAACGUAGUGUAGCCCAGAUGUGUGCUAUUCUGCAGGAUGAAUGCCAAGCCACGUCGGCCAGACUCCGUGUUACUAAUCAGCAUUUUAAAAAAUGUCAGUAGGAUUGUUAUUAUAUAUGCAUACGUGGUAGAAUAUUAUGUUACAGUCUGAAUAUUGGGACUCUGACUGAGCUAUCGGCUAGUGAAUAUUAUUAUUAUUAUUAUUAUUAUUAUUAUUAUUAUUAUUAUUAUUAUUAUUAUUAUUAUUUAUCCCUAAAGUGGAAAACACCAAAUAGAAAAUCACUGUUAUCUAGAGACAGAAACACAAUCAGCAACUGAUACAUUCGAUAAAUGAAGAACAGUUGCCUUCAGCGUGUUUGAUAUUUGUAAUCCUGCUCUACCUCGUAUGUGUGUUUGCUGGUGGGAGAGAGAAAAAAAGAAAAUCUACAUGAUAAUGACCUUACAUGACAUAUUUCCAGAUAUUCUCCUAUAAACAUGUUUACUGACUGUGUGCAGUCUUAAAGCUGGACCAAACAGACAAAAUUCCUAAAAGAUUAUGCACAUUUCUAACACCUGUAACAUACAAGGAGGUAAAAUACAUAUACACACAUAUUUGUUGUGUAUGAGAUAAUAUCCACAUGUAAUCUAUUUACUCUGUGUUUCUGUAGGCAAAGAUUUGCAUGUUUUUUUUUGACAAACUCGAAUGUUGCCCACAGUUCGGUGGUCAAAGGGCACCAGAUAUUCAGUGUUUAUUAUCUUCAAAACUUUGUAUAUUUGUCUUUUUUUGUUCUGUUUUUCUCUCAACCAUGUCACUAUUUCWGCGUGCUCUUGUUUUAAACGUGGAGUCGUAACCUUUUUUUUGUUGCACAGACUGUUGCUAUCACCUGUAGCCCAACAGUUCUUUGGCUUUAUGCCGUUGUGUUCUGAAUUAAAUGCUGCUUGGCAAUUAUUAAAAAAAAGGGGAAAGUUCUCUCUAAUUUUUGC